UGAUCUCCCUCAAUGUCCAAGCACAAAUCACAAAAAUGGACUGGAAAUCUGCAGCAAUCCUGGCGAAACGCAUGGUGUGCAAGAUGUUGGAUGAAGAUUUACCACAGGCCACAUCGCCCCUCUCCAUCUGGACCUCUGAGUCUGAUUAUCCAACUCACCUUUUAGACAGUUCUCCUCUUACAGAGUUUAAACUUCACG